AUGGCGGCGACAGCAUCACACUCAUACACAGUGCUCCCGGAACAAGCUCAAGAAGACGCCCUCCACGCGACCCGCCUUCUCCAAGUAGAAGAACGGCCUUUCCAACGCGUAACCCGCAACCUUCUCAGCAAAGACAGCCUUCUCAAAUGGACUCCUCCCCGCCAGCUGCCCUCGCCUCCCCCGGACGCCCACGAAAACGCGCCUACGUCAGAAGACACCGCCGCUGAAGACGCCCGCAAACGAGCCCAGUUCCGUUUAGAGGUCCUCCUCGACUUUGCCGCCCUCGAAAGCAGCAUCCUCCGCAUCCAGCUUAUCCAAUCCUCCAAUGCACGUGAACGCGAGCGCUAUGCCGCUGAGAAAGCGAAUAUUAUGCAAACCGCGCAGUCGGUGCGAGAAAACACUGUCGCGUUACGAGCGCAGCUGGAGGAGGCGCAAAAGAUGCUUGAGCUAAGGAAAGGGUACGAUGAGUUGACCACGAAGCUGAUCUUUGAGAAGAAACUGAAGCCUCGCGCGGAAACCCUGGAAGAUAUUGCGGGGUUGGAGAAGGAGAUUGAGGACCUGGAGCAGGAGGGAAGUGAGUUUGAAGGUGUGUGGGCGGGGAGGAGAGAGGCGUGGGACAAGGUUGUUGCUGAGGGCGGGAACUUGGUCAAGGUCAUCAAGGGAAUAAGGGAUGAGCCAGAGGGCGACGAGAAGAUGGAGGAAGGGGAAGAAGGUGGAUUGAAGGAGGACAGGAGUCGGAUGGGCACGCCUGCGCCGGGAAGUGGUACGCCGCGGCCGGUGAGUCGUGGGGAUGGGACGCCGAUGCUUACGGGAGGCGUUACUCCUAUGGUUGAGGAAGGCAGAAGUCCGGCUCCACUAAUCAACAAGUUCUUGGAUGUGGAAGACGAGGGGACAAGGAGCUAUAGCCGCGUUGGCUCGCCGGUGUUGCAAGCUUCUCAGCCUUUCGACGAUGUUGAGAUGGCGGAAGGAGACCAGCAGCAGACGAGUCAAGUUACGGAGGGCGCAGACGAGCAAGGGAAGACUGAGAUGGAGACGGAGACAGUGUCUGUUGAUAAGCUGGAGCAGGCGCAACAGCAGGUGGAGACGCCUGAUGCGCCGGAAGUCAUGGAUGAGACGUGA